CAGAUAUUUAGCUUAUAAUGACAAAAUGGGGACAAACUCUAUCUUCUCUACUUCUCUCUAUGCUCCUUUGCGAACCCAUCUCUCAUCUUCAAAAACUCAUCUCCGCAACCCCAUUUUCUUGCCACACACAUCUAUAACUUAUCCUCAGGCACGAGGAUUCCGCAGCAAGAAUGUUGUUUACAGUAGCAAGUCAGUUGACCCGAAGGAGUCUCAGUUCUUUGAUGAAGAUGGAGUUGUGGAAGACAUGGAUGGCUACAUGAACUACCUGUCUCUUGAAUAUGACUCUGUCUGGGACACUAAACCUUCCUGGUGCCAACCAUGGACAAUUACACUGACCGGAUCGCUAGUCAUUGCAUUUAGCUGGCUCAUUCUGCACUCAGUACUAGCCACAGGCGUCGUAGUCUUCCUAAUAGGCUUAUGGUGGUACAUCUUUCUGUAUUCUUACCCAAAGGCUUAUGCAGAUAUGAUUGCUGAGCGGAGGAAGAGGGUGUCCAACGGUGUUGAAGACACCUUUGGUUCGGAGAAACCCGGUGAUGAUCCUAAUUAAAGCACUACCACUGCAGAAACCUCCCUAUCUUUCUCUUGACCUUCAUUCUUAAUCUCAACAUCAAUGAUGUAAUGAUCUUCCAUA